AUGGCCACCCUGCAAAGUGUGCAGCAGCACCAGCAGCACCCACAAAGCGGGGAUGUGCCAAACAAGACAAUAGAAGCCUCCUCCCCACGCGAUUCAAAAGUUCACAAGGCAUUAGCAGUAUCAGCAGUGCCAUCCUUGAUAGCAUCCGCCAAAGUAUUAUCCAACACAGCCAAUGUCAUUCGCAACAGCCUCGGCUUAGCACCUCUUUCUCCAUCAGCUAAAAACAACAAAUCAGUCAUCCGAAUACGUUUGAGCCGCCAAAGCUCCAACGAGACCUUUCAUGAUGCAUCCACUAAACCACUUCCACCUACACCCUCUGCAAGUAGUAGUGCUGAAGAAACGGUUACGACCAUCGAAAGCAGUAUCACUGAACAUGCAUCUGAACAUUUACAGCCGCUUCCACAACCACAACCACAGCCUACCACGACCAAUGCAAAUAAUGACACCACAAAGUACCCCAUGACCGUUCAUUCACUUUUGCAGCUGUAUGAUUAUGCAGCAACAUUGUCUGAUGUUGAAGACCAGCUGCAACACGUGCAAUACAUUAUCACUGCCAUAGAAGGACUACCCGAAAUCAAUGGUGACGAUGACAAGAGAAACCUAAAGAAGCUGCAAGCGUGUACAAGAUGGUUGCUGAAACGACUUGCCUCAUCACGUGGCUAUGCAAAACCAGGCUAUGCACCAGCACAACUCUACCUUGGCAAUUGCUAUGGUGAAGGGAAAUGUGGAUUUGAGGCUAACGCUGGUAAGGCGUUUCAAUGCUAUUGGAUGGGAUCAAAACAAAACCACGCCGAAUGUAUGUAUCGUGUGGCCGUGUGUUACGAAUUUGGUGCAGGAACACGAUUGGAUGUCAUGCAAGCAGCCCAUUAUCUACGCAAAGCUGCAAGAACAGGAUUUUUACCAGCCAUGUACAAAUUGGGGAUGAUAUUGAUCCAUCGAGAAACACCGCUUGAUCGACGUCAAGGUAUCUCAUGGCUUAAACGUGCCAUCCAACAUGACAACAACACGACCCCUGCUGUACUUCAUGCGCUCGCUUUGGCUUGUGAAACACCUGGCUAUGCCCUUGUUCCUGAUCCAGGCUAUGCACUCGAGCUUUAUCAUCAAGCAGCUGCCUUUGGACAUGCUCCUUCACAAGCACGUUUGGCCACUGCUUAUGAAACAGGUGAUCUUGGUUGCCCUGUGGAUAACGAUCAAGCCUUAUUAUGGGCUGAACAAGCUGCUGCUCAAGGUGAUGCCGAAGCUGCCUUUUGUCUUUCACGUUGGUGUCUAUCCCAAGACACAAAUGAUCAAGCCUAUCAAUGGGCUGAACAAGCAGCUUAUGGUGGCAGUGCACGUGCCAUGCUGGCCAUGGCGUACUACAAAGAGUAUGGCGUUGGUACCGAAAAGAAUAUCGAGGAAUCAAGAUUAUGGCUUCAUAGGGCAGCUGAACACAAUGACGAGUUUGCUUUGGAGCGCAUUCGGGAACUCAAGCAGCAAGAACGAGAUCAAAAUUCUCAACACCAUCAUCAUUGCCACAUUAUGUAA